GGACAAAGCACCGUAUGGGAGUGGUUUCUUAGAAUCAAAUGAAUCCUGCUGAAUGUAAGGUUUUUCAAUUCCUGUAGCCGAACUAUUACUUUGUCAAGUCAAAAGGGUUCAAGGGAACAUUAUUAGCGCUUAUUUUGUCAGAAAAUCCCAAAGAGGGUAUACAAAACUCAACCGAAUAACAUCAUAUGCGAUUUUGUGUAACAAAUAACUGACGCUGGAUGGUUGGUGAUUCAUAAGUUGCGUUCCCCAAACAUGUGCUGUGUCUGACGAGGCUGACCCGCGCUACCGAGACCCCCAGGAAGACCAUGCUGUCCCUCCUGCUGCCCAUGCUGCUUGCUGUGCAAGCUCUCGCUGUCCUAGAAGUGUAUGUCCCAGAGCUGCCAGUGGUGGCGCUGUAUGGCAUGGACACCACCCUCAACUGUUCCUUCAGCCACGCCUCUCCCUUCAACCUGUCUGACCUCAGUGUCUUCUGGCAGCUGACGGACACCAAGCGCAGUGUGCACAGCUACUGGGCUAGCCAGGACCAGCUGGUAGACCAAGGAGAGCGCUAUGCCAACCGCACCAGCCUGUACCCCUCCCAGCUGGGCACGGGCAACACCUCGCUCCUCUUGAGGGGGGUCCGGGUGGCCGACGAGGGUAGCUACACCUGCUUCGUCAGGGUGGAGGCCUACGGUAGUGCAGCCCUACUGCUCCAGGUAGCAGCCCCCUACUCCAAGCCUCUGGUGACCCUGGAGCCGGACUCCAACCUGCGGCCGGGUGACGAGGUGGCGCUGACCUGCGUGGCGUACGGUGGCUACCCUGAGGCUGACGUACUGUGGCAGGACGGGGGCGGGCACAACCUGACGGACAACGUCACCACCUCCCUGGUGGCCAAUGAGGAGGGUCUGUUCAGCAUGCGCAGUGUCCUGACUGUCACCCUGGAGCCCAAUAGCACUUACAGCUGCAGACUGACCAACCCAUUAUUGGGUGAGGACGGCCACGCCUCCGUCACCAUCACAGGUCAGAACAUGGUGUUUCCCCCGGUGGCUCUGUGGGUGACGGUGGGCCUGGCUGUGUGUCUGCUGGGUCUGCUCAUCGCCCUGGCUGCAGUCUGCCGUAGGAAGAUCAAGGAGAGCUGUGAGGAGGACAGAGCAGCCAAGGAGCUUGAAGAGGCCAAAGAGCUGAAGGAAGAGGAGCAGUCUAAGACAGCCAUGACCCCCCUGAAAAGCUAAAGCCAAUAGAACACAGGAGGCAAAGUGAGGAGGCAGACGGUGAGACAGCGAUGAGUCUGGUAUUUAAUCCCACUACACCUAUCCAUCGACGGAGAGACUGGUUCCACUGUCUCUUACCCACACUGUGUCCAGGCCUUACUGAGCUGAUGAUGAGUCCAUCAUACCCAUCCCUACAGGACCACUUCCUCCUGGGUUUCAAAAAGACAUAAACCCAUCAUAUCCUAUUCCAGCACUAUGCAUUUCCCUUCCCCUGCUACUCUUUCAGUUAACGAAGACUGCUGCAGUAUAUGGAUACUGAUGUGGAGUCGUAUUAAUUUCUAUGCAGUGUGCUAGAGAGAAACUCCACUUGAACGCCAUUGGAUGUGACAGGCUCCCUGUGUAUCGAGGUAGGAAGUUUGAGAGACCCAGGAUCUCAUUUCUAAUAGGAAGUGAGCAGCUUAAGAGAUGACCCAGCUGAGGCUGCCAUCGGUGUCUCCGUAGCUGUCUGCCUGCCAGAGAUGGAGUGUAGCUGUGUAGUUCUCCAUUUACUCCUCGACUCACUAAUUAACUUGUACCUGUCAGUGUCUACCAUUCUCGUAUAUUCAAUAACUUGGAGGAAUUGAAAUUGAAUGCCAGCUAAGCUCGAACAAACUGCAAAUGGUGCAUGGGAUACACCCUGGUUCUCUCACUGACCUGACAGCAGCCUUAUAUGUAAGGUUUUUAAUGAACAUGGACUCUUCUCAGCUACUCUUAACUGCCAAGGUGGAAUGUUUUAUGAGUUCAAGAUGGAGGCUGGAAGGGUGGGUGAUGGUAUAGGUUCUGUUACAGUAUGCAGGUACUCGAGUCCUUUUGCCAAGUCCUUGUGCCAAAUGUCCAUGUGCAUAUCAAUGUCAAAGCUGUCCAUAAAACAACCCAGUGCCGAUUCGCAUUAAAGAGACAUGGUGAAAAUGUU